AUGACUGUGUGUUCAUUUUGAGUAGCUACUUAUCUAUAUUUCUGGUCUCUGUUCACUCCAUACUGUAGCUAAAGUACCAGGAGAGAAGACAGACUUUCAGCACAUCAGAUCCCCCCCUGCCCCACAGCAGGUACCUCAGGAGCCAGCGUCCCCUCCCAUGUCCCCCUCGCUACAGACCCGGCCCCAGUAGUCUGGAGCUUAUCCAUGCCAUUGUGAGUGCCACGGGCUGCUUGGUGCCACCCACCUUCACCCCUGGUCUCUGCCCUUCACCUGAAGACCCUGGUACAUCCUCCACCACUGACCCAUCAGCUUUUCAUUUGGACCCCAGCUAGCCCCCCUGGACUGAAGAACUACGACUCAGUCAAAGACUCAGUAGGCCUGGCCAAGGGUUCAACCCUCAGCCCCCCAACCCAACCACACCAAACUAACCUCCAGACUAGAUGA